UGGCGAUAAGGCCCAAACCGGAGAAGCGAAAAAUCAAAUAGCGAAUGGAGGGGCUCAAGCUGGCGAACGCUCCGAUGCCCCUCCCUCUCAUUUCCGCCGCUUCCAGGCCUCGCCGCCUCUUCUCUCCCGUGACCUUCGCCCGCAAUCUCCAUCUGCUUCGCGGCUCCAACUACAUCAUCAAUCUCAGCUUUGUUGGGCAAACUCAAGUCAAAGUAUCUUCAAGUUACACACAAAAGUUGACAUCAUCGCAGAAAAUAAAUUUCACGACAAAAAGUGCAUCAGUUGAACCUAUGACUCAAGACAUGGUUGAAAAUAGAGAAAAUGAAUACCCAAUUAGUGGGGAUGACAUAAGGACAUGCUUCCUUAACUUUUAUGCUUCAAGGGGUCACAAGAUACUCCCAAGUGCAUCUCUUGUACCAGAUGACCCUACAGUUUUGCUUACAAUUGCUGGAAUGCUACAAUUUAAGCCUAUAUUUCUUGGCAAGGAACCAAGAAGUGUACCUUGUGCUACAACAUCUCAGCGGUGCAUAAGAACAAAUGACAUCGAAAAUGUGGGCAGGACAACCCGACACCAUACUUUUUUUGAGAUGCUAGGGAAUUUCAGUUUUGGUGACUACUUCAAGAAGGAAGCAAUUCUGUGGUCAUGGGAGCUUACUACCAAGGAGUAUAAAUUGCCUCCGGAGAGAUUGUGGAUUAGUAUUUUUGACAAGGAUGAUGAAGCUUUCUCAAUAUGGCAUGAUGAUGUUGGCGUACCUAAAGAACGGAUUAAGAGGAUGGGUGAGGAUGAUAACUUUUGGACUAGUGGGGUCACAGGUCCUUGUGGCCCUUGCUCUGAGAUUUACUAUGAUUUUCAUCCUGACAGAGGUCAUGCAAAUGCUGAUUUGGGCGAUGAUAGCAGAUUUAUUGAGUUCUAUAAUCUGGUGUUUAUGCAAUAUAACAAGAAGGAGGAUGGUUCCCUUGAACUCUUAAAGCAGAAGAAUAUAGACACGGGUAUGGGACUCGAACGUAUGGCACGGAUUCUGCAACAGGUCCCAAACAACUAUGAAACAGAUCUCAUUUUCCCCAUCAUACAGAAAGCAGCAAGUUUGGCAAAGGUUUCAUAUGCUAAAGCAGAUGAUUCUACAAAAACCAAUCUGAAAGUCAUUGGUGAUCAUAUGCGCGCAAUCGUUUAUCUUAUAAAAGAUGGAGUUCUACCAUCAAAUAUUGGGAGAGGUUAUGUAGCCCGGAGGCUAAUUAGAAGAGUUGUUCGGAUCGGUAGACUGCUAGGUAUAAAGGGCAAUGGUGAGGGGAUCCAAGAAUGUGCUUUUGUGCCUGAACUUGCCAAGACAGUGAUAGAACUUAGUGACCAAAUUGACCCAGAUGUUAAAGGAAGGACAAAUCAUAUUCUUGAAGAGCUGAAGAGAGAAGAAUUGAGGUUUGUGCAGACUCUAGAGAGAGGAGAGAAGCUAUUAGAUCAAUUUCUUUCUAAUGCUUUGUUAAGUUCCAGAGCAAAUGGUGGGAAACCAUGUCUGGAUGGGAAAGACGUGUUUCUUUUGUAUGACACAUAUGGCUUUCCAGUGGAGAUAACAACUGAAGCUGCUGAAGAACGAGGAGUUAGUCUAGAUAUGAAUGGUUUUGACAUUGAAAUGGAAAACCAAAGGCGCCAAUCACAAGCUGCUCAUAGUGCAGUUAAACUUAUGGUAGGAAAUGAAGUAGAGCUUGCUCAGUGUGUGCCUGAUACUGAAUUCUUGGGAUAUGACAUGCUUUCUGCUUAUGCGACAGUCAAAGGGCUAUUAUUAAAUGGUGAACCAGUAACUGAAGGUUAUGAAGGCAGCAAUAUGGAAAUCAUGUUGGACAGGACCCCUUUCUAUGCUGAAUCAGGGGGUCAGAUUGGAGAUAAUGGUUUUUUGUACUAUGAAGGGAAUCAGGAUGGCAAAAGUACAGUAACAGUGGAAAUCAAAGAUGUUCAGAAAUCACUUGGAAACAUCUUUGUUCAUAAAGGUAUAAUUACGGAAGGAAAGAUAGAAGUCGGCUCAGAAGUUUGUGCUGCAGUCGAUCCAAUAUUAAGGCAGAGGGCUAAGGUCCAUCAUACUGCUACACAUUUACUACAAGCUGCACUCAGAACUGUUAUUGGUCAGGAAACAUCACAAGCUGGUUCAUUGGUAGCCUUUGAUAGACUUCGAUUUGACUUCAACUUCCAUCGGCCAUUGUCUGAGGAGGAGUUGUUGAAAAUUGAAGAACUAAUAAAUCAAUGGAUCAGUGAUUCAACACUACUUCAAACCAAAGUAAUGCCUUUGUCAGAUGCAAAGAAAGCAGGUGCAAUUGCCAUGUUUGGGGAAAAGUAUGGAGAACUGGUCAGAGUAGUUGAGGUACCUGGUGUAUCAAUGGAGCUCUGUGGUGGGACACACGUUUCUAAUACUUCAGAGAUUCGUGGCUUCAAAAUAAUCUCAGAACAGGGCAUUGCAUCUGGAAUUAGGCGUAUUGAAGCUGUUGCUGGUGAAGCUUUUAUUGAAUAUGUCACUGCUCGAGACAACAACAUGAGACGUUUAUGCUCACUACUCAAGGCAAAAGCAGAUGAUGUAACUGGUCGAGUGGAGGCCAUACUAGAGGAGCUUAGAGCUGCCAGGAAUGAAAUUUCUGCUCUACGAAAUACAGUGGCAAUACUCAAAGCCUCAUCUCUUCUGAAUAGAGCCUUUGUUGUAGGAACCUCAAACAUAAGAGUGGUAGUUGAGUCUAUGGACGAAACGGAUGCUGAUGCCCUCAAAAAUGCUGCCGAGUUCCUUGUCAAUUCUUUGAAAGAUCCUGCAGUGGUUGUUUUAGGUUCAUGCCCAGGGGAUGGGAAGGUAAGUUUAGUCGCUGCAUGCACUCCUUCGGUUGUCAAAAUGGGGAUCCAGGCAGGGAAGUUCAUAGGGGGCAUAGCUAAGCUGUGUGGUGGCGGAGGUGGUGGGAAGCCUAAUUUUGCACAAGCUGGAGGAAGGAAGCCUGAGAAUCUACAGGAUGCUUUGGAGAAGGCUAGAACUGAGCUUAUUGCAGUAUUAAAUGGAAAAGCUAGUGAUUCACAAUUAAAUUGAUUUGAUCAGAAAGACCAAUGUCAAGUACAGAUUUGUAUAUAUAUGCGUAUAUGGUAACUGAUGGAGACUAUCUUGAGUUAUUUCUAUGAAAUAUUGAACAAUGAUAUUAAAAGAUCAACCAUUGACAAUGGAUGCAUUUAAAAUCAA